ACAGGAUCUGGAAUCAUGACCUCUUUUGCUUUGAUGUGGAGUGUCAUGCCUGUUGCUAAAAUACUGCCCCAAAACACAAGCUUAAAACAGUUCAAAGGUUGAACGUGAGCAAGGAGUUGGCAGGCCUUGACAUGUGAUUUGGUAGUAGCCAACAUGAUUGGAGUUAGGUGGUCUACUUGAUCAAUAUCGUACACGACAAGGAACUGAAUGCUGAUAUAAUUCAGUUUUGUGUUAUCAAGUUGAGCAAGAUGGAGCUGAUUACAGAUAAAGUUGAACAUUUUCAAAAGUUCUAUGCAUGGGCACUGACACAAGCAGAUGACCGAGUCAAGGACUGGUUGUUCAUGCAGAGUUACACACCCACACUAGCCAUCACAGCAUUGUAUUUGUUUGCAGUAUGGGUUGGGCCAAAAAUAAUGAAAGACAGAGAGCCGUUUAAAUUCAAAUGGACAUUAUUUUUCUACAAUUUUGGUUUAAUUGUAAUGAACUUCCAUAUAUGUUCCCAGCUUCUAUGGUAUUCAACAAAGUUAAAUUAUAGUUAUUCCUGUCAGCCUGUCAACUACACCAGAGAGCAUGGUGAAAUGAAGGUAGCCAGUGCACUGUGGUGGUUCUACUUCUCCAAGUGUGUGGAGAUGCUGGACACUAUAUUCUUCAUCAUGCGUAAGAAGGACAACCAAGUGAGUUUCCUGCACGUGUACCACCAUGCCUCCAUGUUUCCCAUCUGGUGGGUCGGCAUCAAGUGGGUCGCUGGUGGACAGUCCUUCUUCGGCGCCAUGAUCAACUCAUUCAUCCAUGUUUUGAUGUACACAUAUUAUGGUGUGUCGGCUCUCGGACCAGAGUACCAAAAAUACCUGUGGUGGAAACGCUACCUGACCAAACUCCAGCUGCUCCAAUUCUUUAUCGGAAUGGUGUACGGAAUCCAAGGAUUGUUAAUAGAGUGCGACUUUCCCAAUUGGAUGCAGUAUGCGGGCCUAGUCUAUGGAAUAACAAUUAUCACCCUAUUUAUCAACUUUUACAUCCAAGCAUACCUCAAGAAAAAGCCCACGUCUAAAUCAAAGGGAGGGGAUUCAAAGGCACAAGUCUCCAACGGCAAAGUUGCGAAUGGUACAACACGAGGUCACAAGAGGAACGGUAGCGUUGUAACAGCCAAUGGUGUUAUUGAAGCCAAGAAGGACAAAUAGACUGGUCAAGAAGUCGUGUGUGUGGCUAGCCAUAUCUCUGAUAAAAUGCCACUGAAGUCGGAACAACAAUACACCACAUCGUGCUAUAACAGGAAGGACAAGAUUCAUUAAGCAAAUCAUACCUGCAUUGACUAUCCAUUCAAAACCUGUUAAGAUUCAUUAAGCAAAUCAUAUAUCUGCAUCGGGUAUUGAUUCAACUUCUUUCCGGGUACUGUUAUUUUCAAACAUUUCAUUCGGCAAGAGUGGUGUAAUACUCACUUGUCUUAUGAUAGACAAGAAAAAUCUCACUAUGCGGUAGUUUGAAUCUUCAUUGAUCUUAGGUACUAAGCAUGCAGUUGGUAGUAUCAUCAUGAAAUUAGUAUCUAUUUUGAAUAUAUUUAUUGUCCAUAGGGCAUUAUUUCAUCAUUGCACACUAUCGGGGGGGGGGGGGGGGGGAGGUGGUGUCAUACCCUAAUCUAGUUAUUGGAUGGAUGUAGUUCAAAUUUAUUAACUUUAAAAAUAAAACAAGUGUUAACUACGUAGUUUUGAUCAUAUACAGUGAACACCAAACACCAUUCUAUAACUAUUUUAUUAGUGUCUUGUGAUGCUGUUGAGCCGUUCCAAACCUAUCUCCAUGACAACGACUGUUUGGUUGUAGCUAAGAAGCACUGGUGAUGUUUCAUUUCCAUAUAUAAUGUUCAUUACAUGUACCUUGAAAUCCAUCAACCCACACUACAUGAUGUUCUUUUCUGGGUGAUUCAUUCUAAGGAAUAUAUGUGUAUACAUAUGGGAUCAAUCUCAUUAAGAUCAAAUCUCUUACUCCAAUAAAAUACCUCUCUGAGUGGAGAAAUGACUGAAUCAAGUGGUACGGAAGUGGAGUCAUAUCAUUUAGAAAGCUGUGAAAGAACUGAGUGCAAUGAGAUUGCAUUGAAUCAACUUAACUGUUGCGUAAAAGUGAUACCUGCCUUAGAUCCGUCACCAGGACCAAAGUUAACUGCUAUGUGGAGCAGAUUCAUGACAUCUCAAGUUACCUACUGCAACAGUUCACUGUGUAGUUACAUAACGGCACUAGUAACUAUUAUCAAUGUGCCUAUAUAGGAAACAUCCUCAGUAUAUACCAGACAAGGUGCCAAAACAUUCUUCUUACAUACUAAUUCAGAUCAAACUAUUUGGAUAUUAAUUUUGUGUAAACAUGUGCCAUUGUAUUUUGAGAACACAUUCAUUUUGAAGUGUUAAAAGAAGUACUGUGUCUCGGUUUGGAAACCAAAGUUGAAUGGUAUUUCUUUAGCUUCCUGGUUGAUAGAAGCUGAUAGAUUGUGUUCUCGUACAUCUCAGGGGCUUGUCUCACAUCUUGGCUGCUGAGCAGCCAUUCAAAAUAUUCCUCUUAUAGUGUUGUUCACAAAUAAAAUGUGAUCUUCAUAACACAGCUUUUCUUGAACUUAUGAAAGGUUUAUAUCCAUUUUCUUCAUAUCUAAACAUACCGGUACCUCAUCUAAUUGAUUAUGCUUUCAGUAGAUUUUACAUUUACCAGUCAUGUCAUCCUUGCAUAGUUCCAUUGUUUGUGCCUGUCAGGUGGAUUGCAUAUCGCCAUAUGAUUUCAAUUGCUUCAAGAAGUCUUGGUUUAUAUGAUGCCAACACUAUUUCCUGGAGUCUCUGUGCAGGGCAUACUUUGUCUUGAUGACGUCUCUUCACAUGACAUUCCUGAUUAAACUCUAUAAAUAAGGCACUACUUAAUUUUGGUAUUAUUUUUUAAAUAUUACAUUUAACGGGAAUUUCCUUUCAUUCAUUCUUGUUACCAAAAUAUCAAGUUGGUGUAAGAAAUGAUUUGUUGAUGUCACUCUGUGACUUGUUCUCCCUCAACACAGAGCUGACUUAACCUUGACCUUGUUCAAGUUGUUACCACAUGACAUGGGUUCACUACUAUAGGAAUUUCGAUGACCUUUACAUGUUUGUAUCGUCUCUAUACAAGAUUGUUAUUUUACACUGUCAGAUCCCCAUCUUCAUCUUAAUAGAAUUUUACUGCAUAUUUAUGACCCUGAAUCUGUUGUUUUACUUCAUGAAGUAGUAGUUUUUGAACCACUCUUGUCUAUGCAUAUACAGCUGCGAUAAAAUGAAGCCAAAAUGCAAUAAAGUGAUCCUUUGUUGAUCAUUAACAAACAGUAUUUGGGAUCCCCUUGAUUACUGUUUUUGUUCAUUUUAGUGUUUUUCCUCUUUCUGAUCGACGAAACAUGCUUAAGUCAUCAGUGAGUACAUUGUGUAUACUCUAUGUACAUUGUAUGUGUCGAUGAAGACUUGAGGAAGUCAAUACCUGUCAUUUGUACAUACCAUAUUCCUAUUUAAUCUCUCCUGUAUACAUAACAUGAACAAAGUGUUCAAAAACGUUUUUGAAGUGAACUUGUUUUUGUCAGUUAUUUUAUAUAAUAAAUCUAGUAAAUUUCA